ACCGCUACUGUCGUGAAUACUGGCCGCCCACUGAAGAUGGCGGCGGAGCUGCAUCCGCGGAGCGGAAAGCUAAUCGGCCUGUCCAACUCAAACCGAACCGCCCGGCGCAACCAGCCAGUCCAGGAGUUCAACCAUGGGCUGGUGCUUAGUAAGGAGCCGCUGAAGGACCGGGAUGUCUUCACCGUCCGCAUUGACAAGAAGGUGAACUCGUGGAGCGGUUCCAUUGAGAUUGGUGUGACGGCGCUUGACCCUGGUGCUCUGGACUUCCCCAGCAGCGCCACAGGCCUGAAGGGCGGCUCCUGGAUCGUGUCGGGCUGCUCGGUGCUGCGGGACGGCCGAUCGGUCCUAGAGGAGUACGGCAAGGACCUCGACCAGCUCUCAGAGGGCGACCGCGUGGGCAUCCAGCGCAGCGCCCGCGGGGAGCUCCACCUCUGGGUGAACGGGCAGGACUGCGGAGCGGCUGCCAGCGGCUUGCCGCCCAAACUGUGGGCGGUGGUGGACCUGUACGGGAAAUGCACUCAAGUGACGGUGGUGAGCUGUGAGCCACCGCCACCCUCUACAGAGAAAGAGACAAUAGAGCGGGACGAGGAGGUGGAUGAGGUGGAUGAGGAGGAUGAGGAGGAGGAGGAAGAGGAGGAAGAGGUGGUGGUGUGUGGGGGACGGGAGGAUGCAGGGAUCACGGCACUGAUGAAUGUGGCAGCAAUGAAUGGAAUGAUGAAUGGAGAUGAAGUGCCUGAGCUUAGCUGCAGUCACAACAGACCAGACAAGUUCCCCAACAACCUGGAGCCUGACACAGUUCUAACGGAGCACCAGCUCUUUGACGUGUUCAACAACGCAAUAGUGUCUUUUUAUCGCUCUGAGGAUGAGGGUGGAGGGGAAGAUGGCGGAGGUGGAGGAGGACCAGGAGGUGGCAGCGGCGGCGGUGCAGGAGGAAAUUCAGGAUCUGAAUCCUCUUCCAGAAACGACAGGGGGAGCAGCAGUGGAGGAGGUGCAGUUAACAGCGACAGUGGGACACCAGGAGGAGGAGGAGGAGGAGGAGGUGGUGGUGGAGACAGUGGAAAUACUAACAACACUCCGUCUGGUAACGGAGGGGUGGGGCUGGCGGCCGUGACGGGUGUGAUGACCACCAACGACGCGCUGCUCUUCCACGAGAAAUGCGGCACACUGAUCAAACUGAGCAACAACAACAAGACGGCGGAGCGGAGGAGACCGCUCGACGAGUUCAACAACGGCGUGGUGAUGACCAACCGGCCGCUCCGACACAACGAGAUGUUUGAGAUCCGCAUCGAUAAGCUGGUGGACAAGUGGUCAGGCUCAAUAGAGAUUGGUGUGACCACACACAACCCCAACAACCUCGACUAUCCUGCAACUAUGACCAAUCUGCGAUCAGGUACAAUCAUGAUGAGUGGCUGUGGGAUCCUGACCAAUGGGAAAGGCACCCGCAGGGAGUACUGUGAAUUCAGCCUCGAUGAGCUCCAGGAGGGAGAUCACAUCGGGCUGAUGCGCAAAGCCAGCGGAGCGCUCCAUUUCUACAUCAAUGGCAUCGACCAAGGUGUCGCUGCAGCCCAGACCCCCGCCGUUGUCUACGGUGUGGUCGACCUCUACGGCAUGGCUGUCAAAGUCACCAUAGUCCACAACCACAACCACAGCGACCGCCUCCGACGCAACAACGCCAUCAUGAGGGCUCUAUCGCCCGACGUGGGCCGACGUGGGCCGGUCCUCUCCAUCACCCCGGACUCAGAGGGGGCAGACCGCCUGCUCUUCCACCACAACUGUGGCCAGAAGGCCGCCAUUAUCAGUGAGGGCAGGACGGCGCUGCGGCCACAUGCGACUGACGACUUUAAUCACGGCGUGGUGCUGAGUAGCCGGCCGCUGCGCUCCAACGAGGUGUUCCAGGUCCGCAUAGACAAGAUGGUGGACAAGUGGGCGGGUUCCAUCGAAAUCGGUGUCACGACGCACAACCCUGCAUACCUGCAGCUGCCCUCCACCAUGACCAACCUUCGCUCAGGGACGUGGAUGAUGACGGGUAAUGGUGUAAUGCACAACGGAACAACAAUCCUGGACGAGUACGGACACAACUUGGACCGCCUCAAGGCAGGUGACACAGUAGGGGUCGUGCGGAAAGAAGACGGCAGCCUCCACUUUUUCGUAAACGGCGUUGCUCAGGGCCCUGCAGCCUGGAAUGUCCCUCCCAGUGUGUACGCUGUAGUGGACCUCUAUGGCCAGGCUGCUCAGGCCACCAUCAUGGACGACAUGGCCAUCAUGGACGACAUGGGGGACCUCUUGCCUCUCACAGAGGACAGCUCAGAGUGUCCCACGGCGAUGUCCCCCGGGAGCCCCUUAUCGGUGGGAGGAGCCAUCACAACCAACGACCUGCGAUUCCACCAUCUGCACGGCACGAAUGCAGUCAUCACCAACGGGGGGCGCACCGCCCUGCGUCAGAACUGCCGCAGCGAAUUCAACGACGCUAUCGUCAUUUCCAACAGGUGCCUUCGAGAUGGAGAGCUGUUUGAAAUCAUUAUUCAGAAGAUGGUGGACCGCUGGUCGGGUUCAAUCGAAGCAGAUUUUCUCCUCCCUCCUCUGUGUCCAGGAGUGACAGCCAUCAGGCCCGAUGAGCUCGAGUUUCCCAACACUAUGACCGAUAUUGACUAUGACACUUGGAUGCUCAGUGGAACUGCCGUCAUGCAGGAUGGCAACACAAUGCGCAACAACUACGGUUGUGACCUGGACUCCCUGACCACAGGCUCACGGAUUGGCAUGAUGCGCUCAGCCAGUGGUGACCUCCAUUACUACAUCAACGGUGUGGAUCAGGGUGUCGCCUGCACCGGUUUGCCACCAGAGGUGUAUGCUGUGAUCGACCUGUAUGGUCAGUGUGUUCAGGUUUCCAUCACCAGCUCCUCAGGCCCGCUGGACAACAGCCUCUGCACCAGCAACAUCACAGAGAAGAGCUUCCCCAUCCACUCUCCAGUAGCAGGUGUUGCCCAUCGACUCCACAAUAAACAUGGUAAGAAUGUGGUGUUGCUCGGCGACGGCUGCCAAGGCGUCAGAGUCGGAGGUUACGCUCACGGCAUCGUGUUCAGUGCCAAGGAGCUCAAAGCAGACGAGCUGUUUGAGGUGAGGAUUGAUGAGGUGGAUGAGCAGUGGUGCGGUUCGCUGCAUAUCGGUCUGACCACUCUGGCACCUCCGGAGCUGCCGUCCUGCCCGCUGUCAGGUCUCUCCCCCUCCCUCCCGCAGCUCCGCACCAAGGUCACCUGGCUGCUCUGCGGCUCUGAGGUCCGUCGCAACGGCGUGCUGCAGCGGCAGAACUACGGCUGCUCACUGGACCGGCUGACGGUGGGGAACCGCGUGGGUGUGAAGAGGUGUAGUGACGACACCAUGCACAUCUUCAUAGAUGGAGAAGACAUGGGACCUGCAGCCACUGCAGUAGCCAAGAAUGUAUACGGCGUGUUAGACCUGUAUGGGCGGAUAACGGCGGUGUCCAUUGUGAGCUCUUCGUUGAUGGAGGACAUAGAGAGCGUGAAGGCGCCAUCGCUCUCCUCGGAGAGCUGCAGCGAGGCAGAGGAGGAGAGCACCCCCGUCAGAGAGGUUGAGACCGAGCCGUGUGCACUGGUGCCCACCGCCGUGGCCUUCCUGGAAAACCACGGCAAAAACAUCCAGCUGUCCAACCAGAACCUGACAGCAGCCAGAGUGUCCAGCUACAACCAGGGCCUGCUGGUGGCCGCCCAGCCGCUGGCCCGCCAGCAGCUGUUCCAGUUUCAAAUCGACCGUCUGAACCCGUCGUGGACAUCGUCGCUCUCGUUAGGGGUCAUAGGUCACUCCCCCGACCGGCUCAACUUCCCCUCCACAGCCUGCUGUCUGAAGCGCUCCGCCUGGCUGCUGCAGAGGGACUCCGUCUUCCACAACUCCCUAAAGAUAUGUGAGAACUAUGGUCCUAAUCUGGACACCUGUCCUGAGGGGACGGUGUUGGGUCUGCUGGUGGACACCAACAGUUGUCUCCACCUCUACGUCAACGGCAUGGACCAGGGUGUGGCGGCGCAGGACAUUCCUUCGCCCUGCUACACCUUCAUCGACCUGUAUGGCCAGUGUGAACAGGUUACCAUAGUAACAAACAACGUGCCAGCUGUGGGUGGAGAGAGUGGAGAAACCCGUUGUCAAGGCGACAUGGAGAAGGCGGACAUGGUUGACGGAAUCAAAGAGAGUGUGUGCUGGACGCCCCCUCCAGAGGUCAACCCCAACAAGACCUGCGAGUACCAGGCGCUGUGCGCACGCUUCAAGGACCUGCUCACUUUACCAGAUGGCUAUUUUAAUGAAGACGCAAAGUACAACCUGUGCUACUGUGAGUCCUGCCACAAGCUCCGGGGCGAUGAGGCUUAUUACAAGAGAGGAGAGCCCCCCCGGGACUACGCCCUGCCCUUUGGGUGGUGCCGCUUCGCCCUCAGGAUCAAGACCCACUGUGAGGUUUCUAAUGCACUGAAGAAGUGGCACAUCGCGUACCACGGCACCAGUGUAGGAGCCCUGCGGCGCACACUGGACCACAGCCAGCUGCUGCCUGGCACGUCGUCAAUCUUCUCGGUUGCCCCGGUGAAGGCGGAGGGGCCUAAUGGCUACACUGAGCCGGAGGAGAACUGCGCCCCCGGCAGGGAGGUCCCCAGGGUGCGGCUCUCCCCCACCAUGCGCUACUCCGGCAUGGAGAUGUUUGCCCCCAAAGUGCAAUUUCGGGACCCCCGCUCUGACCGUGCCCACCAGGCUCAGGUGGGCUUCCAGGUGUGUGUGCGUCCGGGCUCCUACAAGAUGGGGCCGCAGACACUGGGUAACAGCGAGGCCCUGGACCCCCGCUUCAGCAACUCAGAGAUCGAGUGGAUCACCAAGGAGCAGGGCGGCACGCUCCUCUACGGACUGCUCAUCCGGGUGGAGUGAACAAAGGAGAGACAAGGGAGGCAUACGGGUGGGAGGGGGGGGGGCCACACGGCGCUCCCCACUCUUUUAAUAAACUGACAACCAAAUCCAAGCCCUGCCUUGAGCGAGAGACUCCUCUGGAAUCCAGCUGUUCCACCUGUGGAUUGUUGACAAUUCAGCAUAAGAUAUUUUUUUUGGUUGUUUGCUCUUGGACUCUUUUAAUGGCCGGGGGCUACGGCGGUCUCAAAGAAGAACAGACACUGCCUGCACUUUAUGUUUCGGACACACUCGUGGGCGAUUUUUAAACGUUUCAUCGACUCGACACAACACGUUUGUUCAUUCGCUACCGUUUUUUUUUUCAACACUUUUUUUGUUCUAAUUCUUCCCGACAUAUUUUCUUCCACACAAACAUCUUUUUUCAAAUUUGGCACUUACUUUAACACCUCUGCUCUGGUCAGUGUUUUUUAUUUAGUUUGGGAGGAGCUGUCCCCUGCCAAGCUGCACGUUCAUGGACUGUCACCUAAAAAGACUGAAACGUGGUAAAAAAAACAAACAAGUGUUUUCACCGAAAUAUAAAAAAACAGAAAGACACUUGAAUCUGAGAAUGAUCCCAAGAGUGUCUUGUGAUUGUGACUUCAUUUAGUGGGGGGGGGGGGCGGGAGAUUUUAAAACUAGAGGAAGAAAAAAAAAUGUUUACAAGUGUAUGUUGGUCUUUUCUUCGUGUCUCUACAUAAGCAGUUUGACUUCUUUAUCUGUCCUGGUUCUGUUUCGUGGCCUAGCAUCACGCCUGACUCAUCCGGUCACAGGCUUUAAACUGUGGUGAAAAACUGGAAGGAUUGACGGAAAAAAUGAAUUUGGGAAGUUGUGUGUUGAGAUAAUGAAUGGCAAUGAUGUUCCAGCCUUGCAGCUUGUGUGUUACAACUGGGACGAUCCAUCAUGAGAUAUUUAAAUAUGAAUAUUUAAUUCUAGGCUGUUUUAUACAGAAAAAGGGGAAAAAGUUCAACAUUAUUGGGAAAAGCUCUCUUGCAGAGAUAUCAAUCUACUCAAACUCUUAGCAAGUUAGAAAAUGUCCCGUAAUGUGGUACUUUUUUUAUUAAAAAGGUAGAUAAAUGGACUAAAGCCAAAAGGCUUAAGAUGUUUUCCACAUCACUCCCACUGCCUCGCUUCCCCCUCGUGGUUUACUCCUCCCUGAUCGAUCCAUUAGUCAUGUCUGACUCUGUUUACCUGGCAGGACCUCCAGAAGUGUUUACAUGUGAAUGUCAUUCAUUAGGGCUCUGCGGUUCUUUUUUGUUGUCGACUAACAUCAUUGAUUUGUCAAAUGUUUAUACAAGGGUUUAUUUAAUCCAUCACAUCCAUCUAACGAUUGAUUGUAUGUGAACAGCUUUUCAAAGCACUCUUUUAUUCACAGUCCUGUUGCCAAUUUGAUAAACAAGCUUACUGAACACGCCCCCCGACAUUUUUCAGUUUUCCAUGAGUCAAACUCAAAAAAUCUAAAUUGAAGAAGCUCAGUCGUCUUCUAAGAGCAGCUGUGAUCUGACUGAUGGAGUUCAACGGGGGUUUGGCCGAAGGAAAAAACUUCCAAUCAAAAGAAAAAUGUGAAAGAUAUUAUUAUAUGGGUUAUUUACAGCCCAGUGCUGCUUUGUACAAUUUAAUUUGUAUUGUUUUCUUUAUUUGUUUUUCUGUAUGUUGCGUUGUACAGGCUGUUACAUAACAAAUCAUAUCUUCCUGAUUUAUAAAAAAUGAAAUAAACUGACAGACGGUAUGCACAGAA